AUGGAUUCUUUAGCUGAGGAGUCUGAUAAUUCUACACUAUUAAGUGAAAAUGAAGGCCUUAAAUCCAAUAAUAAUAUUCCUAAGAGUAUCGCAGGAUAUAGCAAUAAUAUUGUUCAUAAGUUAUUUAAUAGAGAAAUAUUUGGAAGCACAUCCAGGAAGGCAAAUGAUAGAAAUCGUAAAAUGUUCGAGAAAAUCCCCCCACGGUUGCGUUUCUGCCUAAUGGAUAUAGUUCCCAUAUCUUACCUCAGAGAACAUGUCUUCAUGGGUUUCUCACAGUGCGGACAGUUCCUGCUUAGUUUUACGUACAGUUGUAACACUCAAGUUUACUUCAGGGAGAGUUCUAAAUUUACGCUUCAUUUCUUAUCCUGGGUACCUGGCAAAAUUGUUAGACCUGUCCACAGUGUACCAUUAUUUGGUGAUGACUGUGUGGAUAGUAAAGUUACAAUAUCCAUGGCCCAGUGGAAACAUAAUCCAGGAGUUCUUGUUGUAUAUGGUAUUGCAGACUCGUGUUCGGAACGAUCCUACCUCAGUGUAAUUGGUGUACCUCGUUUAGGAUGUAAGAAAUGUGCGGCAUACUCAAAAGAAGAAGAUGAUUUGAAUUGGGGCAAGAGAUGUUUGGAACACAAUUUUGCCAUUCAUACAAAGUUCUUUUGCACGUCAGACUCCAGCAUAUAUGAGCCCGUUGUACAAUUGGCUUACUCAAAUCAAAUAAUCAUCUACACGGACUUUAUACACAUACUGGAGAUUGACAUCGUGAAACCGGACCAAGACCGGACAGACACAAACGAUGAAAAUAAAUCCUCGAUAGACAGGGACGAGACAAGCUCAAUGGACAUGUACCCCUGUACACCUGCAUCGGAUGUAUCGGCACCCUUCCAAUCGCCGAAAUAUCAGAACAACGUAGUCCAGAACAUCCUAGCGGACUUCUCCGAUCUGGAGGCGGAGCCGUACCAAAUGUCGCGGCCGGUCCACCUGGCGGACAUGAUGGGCCAGGAGUUGUGCAUACAGGCGUCGUCGAUAUCGCACAACCUGGCCGAGGAGUGGGAGGGCCCUUCGCCCUCGAUCAGGACCCUGAUAAGCCCCCCGCUCCGCUCGCCGCGGAGACGGCCCGCCGAGAGCAUGUCCCGCUUCAACGAGACGCACAGGACCAUUGCGGAGAAGGCGUACGAGUUCGUCGAGGAGACGGAGACCAAGUGCGAGAAGCUCAGCAUGUACCGGAAGCGGCGGCUGGCGGACAAGAAGUACGAGUUCUCGGAGGACAACAACGAGAACAUCGUCCCGUUCAGGGUGCUGAGGAGCAACCGGAGGUACUACAUCGGGUGCACCAGCAGGGGCCCCGGCCGGAGGGCCAAGUCGCCGCCCGCCGAGAGCGCAGUGCUCAGGGCGCACAACCAGAUCGGCAGGCCUCCCUCGCCGACCGCCGCGGUAGGCCCGAAGGGCCCAGCGCUGUCGGUCCUCGACGCGGACAGGAACAGCGAGUCGGAGUACCGCGUGAUGGAGAUGCUGGACGACGGCUCGCUGAAAACCGUCGCGGUCCACGACAACACCUCCAAGACCCUGUCCGACGUGCCCGUCAGCCCCCAGGACCCUUACCUCGUGCACUCGGAGAACUCCAAGUGCAGCAAGUUCUUCACCCGCUACUUCAUUGAGAGCGACGACGAGAUAACGUCGAUAAUCACGGACUCCGAAGACGACUGCAUGUCGGGCUACCACGUGGCGCUGCACCUGACCGCGCACGGGGCCCGCUACGCGCCGCUGCAGGCGGUGGGCGCGGGCGCGUGGGAGCGGCUCCCGCCGGCGGCCAGGACGCGCACGGUGCGCGCCACGCAGCGCUCGCUCGACACGGAGCUGCUGUGCAACGAGGUGUGCGGCCGGCUGUGCCACCUGCGCGGCGUCAGCUUCGUCUACUGCUUCGACUGGGGCUGCCACGUGAUAGACGUGUGCCACUCGAGCGGCUGCCUCUCCGGGUUGUGCGCGAUGUGGCUGUGGGCGAGCGAGGAGAGCGAGGCGGCGGCCGAGUGCGACGCCUGCAAGGACGUGAGCGCCGCCUGCCUGCCCCACCGGAGGCAGUACGCGGCAGAGUGCUUGUUCGUGUGGGACCUGGUGACUGGAGUGUACAGAACGGAGAGGGUCUCGAUGACAGAAGACGACAGCCAAGAAGGCUCUAGAGUUUCAGGCGCGGACCGGGCUCGGGAGCUGGCGAAGCGUCUCGGCCCCAUCAACAUGCCGCCCGGCAACGAGAACAGACUUCUCACCACCCUCACCGGUCGAUCGCUGAAGAGGCUGACCGACGUGGACAACUGCAUUGAGAUAACGAAGAACCACCCGGACAGUUCGGAGUCGGAGUCCUCUUCGGACGAGGACAGCGACUACGAC